CUCACAUGGAUAUAUAUUGGUAUUUAGUGUUGGUAGGUUUUGGUUCUUUUUGGGUGGAUUUUGGAUAAUGUAGUGAAUUUCAGUUAGUUGUAGCACAGUAACAUGGAGAGAGCUUGCUUGCUUCCUGAUAUCUAGUCAAUCACUUUUUAAGACAUACAUAUUUUUCAAACUCGCAUUGCACAUAUUUGUUUACAUUUUUGGUAGGAGUGUUUUAUAUGCUCACUAUAUAUGUCAUCUUCAUAUAUAGAUGUGUAAUUGUUUGCAAAAAGAGGAGACAUCUAAAUUCCUAAUAAAAAUGAUAAUUACAUUUAAAUCAUAAUUGUGCACUUCAUGUACUUUUUACAUGCAAAAUCUUUUCAUAUAAUUAUAUGGUUUUUGUACUUUCUGUCCAUAUCUGUAAGUCUGUCUGUCACAAAGUCUUAAAUUGUGCAUUAAAAUGCUUCUCCUCCUGUAUGGAUUAUCUGAUAAACUUGAAACUUUGUACAAUGCUUCAUUGCCAUUUGCAGAUGUGCACAUUGUUGGGAGAGGAUUUAUUGUUAUCCUAAAAGUUAUAGUGGUUCGAUCCAAGAGGGAUGCGGGUGUAAAAUAGCUUGUGACCAUUUCUCCUAGUUGCAAACAUAUUGGAGAGUCUUGAAUUUUUUUUUUUUUACAAUACUUCAUUAUCAUUAAAUGAUGUCUAGAUUUCUCUGACCCAGGUAUCUAAUAUUUUCCUAAAAUCUACAGUGGAUCAAAAACAAGUAUUUUAAGUGUUGUUUUUUUUUUUACCCUUUAUUGAAUAAUCUUUGUAAAAUUGCAUGUGCAAAAGUAAAGAUGCAUUGAAAAUUCAAUUACAAAAUUAAACAUUUCACUGGUUUGUUAAGGUACUCACUACACUAAAGCUUUAUGACACUAUGUUACAAGAUGACGAUUUAAAUGUUUUGGGAAAGUAUUUGUAUUGAUCGAUUUAUUCGUCUAUAACACCAUAGCUAAGUGGUUAAUUAAUAAAGCAUUGGGCAAGAGAGAGAGAGAGAGAGAGAGAGAGAGAGAGAGAGAGAGAGAGAGAGAGCAUUGGGCUGGUGAACUACAGAUCUUGAGCUCAAAUCCACCAGUCUUUUGUUCAUGUGUUGAAAUAAUAUUUUUGAAAAUCAUGUUUUUAUCCAAAUUUGCAUUUUUUGCUGUUUUUGGCAUACACACUUAUUGUAUAUCAUCAGAUCUUUUUUAAAAUAUUAAAUCAAUUUGUACUGAUUUGAGAAACUAUUUCCCGGUGUAGUGAGCCACCUUAAAUGUAAACAUAAAAAGACUCCAGUCUUUGUUUACAUGACACAGAAUGAAGGCUAAAAUUUUAUUCCUGCAUCCAGAAGGUUAAAAUUUUGGCUGUGAACACAGAUUCAGUUAUACUUUUCAUGUUUAACAUUUAAAAAAAUGAAAACAAAAUUAAAAAAAACAAAACAAAAACGUAAACGUCCUGCUUGAGAAUUUUUCACUUGUAUGGAGACGUCACCAUUGCCAGUGAAGGGCUGCAACAUUUAGGUCUAUGCUCGGUGCUUAUGCCCCUUUGAGCAGGGGUGGAUUAAUAUUGUGUCACACAUUUAGGUAAUGUCAUAUAACUGUAAACAAUGUCUCUAGAGGAUUUGGGUGUUGCUCAACCGGAAAUUUAAUAAAUCAAUGCAUAAGAUUGGGUCAUACUUCUUUUUGGACUAGAACAUCCAGGACUGAACUUUCUUAGGGUCGAGAUGUCUGUUAACCGUUUAUUCGUAUUUACCUGUCAAAGUCUUUUUGACGCUUAAGGUAUAGGAGAAAGUACUUUGACUUCAGAAUGAAUGUGAUUGUCAGAGGGAGAAUGAUGGACCGAAGCAUGCAUUUUGUAAAAUGAUUCUUGUGUUGUUAAAUCUUCGAGAAUCUUGUUGGAGAUGUCUGAUUCACGAAACAACUUAGCAUCAUCUAGCAGUAGCAGAUUUCACCCUUCUGGGAAAAGGAAGUGUAGCACGUGCGCAUGACUGUCAUCUGAUUUAUUUAUAUAAGAUAGCGACACCGAAAAGAGGGACAACAGUUGACAGAAAAUGGGAUAGGCAGUGGACGAUUUCAAGCAGGUUUACGCGGUACGCAUCAAAAGAUUGCACUGACGCCUUGAUCACCAAAUUAGAUACAUAAGAUACACAUACUGCGGAGAUAGAGUACACAAGAUGAUAAGGAAGCGAAGAGGAAUAGCAGAUUAAGGUGAAUAUCAAAGCAGACGAUAUUUGAAAUAUAAACCCAUCAGCAUCGACGCCAUGCCGCCCAAGAAGCGACAUGGAGCUAAGAGCCGAAAAACGUCUGUCACAGGUGUUAGAACUCAAGACGGAGGUGAGCAAGAGGGGUCAACAAAAAGAAAAGAUGUGGGUCAAAAUCAGACCCCUAUAGUUGAAAAUGAUGAACUCCCUGUGGUCACCAGUUUUCCACCCGAACCAAUUUCUGAGGGUAUCGGAGCUUCAUGGGAAGCGCAGCCUGGCUCAAGCAGGAUGGGCUCAGCAGUUUCAGCAAGAACUUCGAAGUUGAAGUAUAAGCAGUUCAAAAGGACCACAUUGCUGGAGGAGCUACAAAGUAUACUGACUGAGUAUCCGGAUAAUGAACAAAUUAUCAAGGAAUUAAUACAAAAUGCUGAAGAUGCGGAUGCACGUGUGGUCAAAAUUGGAUUUUGUCCCUCAUCAAAUUCAGAUCAUCUAGAGGAACCUUACAGAGAAUACUUGUCGGGCCCUGCUCUGUGCUUCUACAAUGACUCAAUAUUUGAAGAGGAAGACUGGGAGGGAAUUACAAUGGUCAGAAAGAGCAACAAACAAGACAAUCCACUCAAAGUUGGAAAAUUUGGAAUUGGGUUCAAAUCUGUGUUUCAUAUAACAGAUUCUGUAUGUAUAAUCAGUGGUGAGAAGAUCCUCUUUCUUGAUCCAUUACGUGAAUUCUGCCCAUUCAACACUUUAGAAGAAUUUACAAGUGAAGACAUAUGCGGUCCACGAGGGCUAGAAGCAUUAUACGGACUAUUUGAUAUCAGUAAAGAAACAGUUCAAAAUGGAAAAUUUGAUGGUAGCUUCUUCUGGUUUCCUCUUCGAAAGUCUGCCUCAAGUUUAUCCGACAAUAUUUACACACCUGGAAAAGCUGAAAAUCUUUUCAACUGUUUCAAAAAAGAAAUUGCCGUCGAAAUUCUGUUUUUAACAUCUGUUGAAGAAAUACGUGUAUUCAAGGUUACAGGAAACACUUUUGAAAUCGACUACUCUGUAUCAGUGGAUGCAAGUUGCUUGGAAAAAGUUAGGAUCGAAAGGACACAAUACAAAGAGAAGCUGAGAAAGCUAGAAGUAGAACUCUCAAGAGAUGAUCACGCAAUUCACAAAAAUCAUCCUAUUUUAAUGAAAACUAUCUUAGUGUUCAAAGUUCAGAUAGAAUCACGUGAAUCAUUUCAGAAAUGGCUUGUUGUCCAGUAUUUCCAUGCUGGUACUAUGAAUGAAAUGUUAUCUCAGAUGAUAAGGAAUCAGCGCUGUAAACACAGACCUUAUGGUGGCAUAGCGGCAAGACUUGAUGCACCCAUUCUAUCUGGAAAAAUAUUUUGCUCUCUGCCACUGCCUUCUACUCAUGAGAGUUCCACCGGAUUGCCGGUACAUGUUCAUGGCUGUUUUGCAUUAGACAGUAACAGGCAACAUUUGAAGUGGCCAUCUCAUGAUCAGACCGUAAGCAAUUCACACUUAGAAAGAGAUAUGACUUGGAAUGUUUUGAUGGUUGAGGAUGUUUUACCUAUAGUGUACAAAGCAUUCCUGAAUUCGUGGUGGGACGAUCUUAAAUGCGAUAUGAUCAACCAUUUAGAAAUGUUUUUUCACUACAUUCCGAGGCAAUCCAAGGUCAGAUAUCAAUGGAAGCGUAUUUGCGAGUUAGUCCAAACACAUAUUUUGAACUCAGAAAUGCCAUGUUUAAGAGAAGGAAAUUGGAUCAAAUUACAAGAUGCUUAUGUUGCAAUAUUCAAGGAUGACAUACCUAUGAAUAUGCAGCUCACUGUUAUGAAAUUGUUUGAGUUGUGUACCAACAAAACAAUAACCCUUGAGAAAAAUGGAGACCUGUAUGAUGAAUGGUUGAAAAUGGGUUUAGUUGCCCGAUGUACAAGUCCAAGUGAAACAAGACGUGUUCUAAAAACGUGUAAGGUCUACGAGCAAUUGUCUCCAAAAGAAAAGGCAGAUUUAUUGGUAUAUUGUUGCAGUGAUGGAGAUGUCGGUCUCUCAGAUUUGGAUGGAAUAGAGCUAAUUCCAGUGAGCAAUGGUUGUUUUGAAAAGUUUUCUAAAGGAAAAUCCCAGAACAGGUACUAUCUUUGUGAAGAAAAUGAACUUGAAUUGCUGGUCGGUAUGGAAACCUGUCUUGUCCAAUAUUACAGCACGGAAGUUGGAGAUGUUUUGAAAUCAUUAGCAUCAUCAGAGAUUUACAAUUUUCAACGCCUUGAUGAAACAGCUUUCUUCAAAUUACUAGACAAUGUAGCAUUAGCAAGGGGGAACAAUGAGAUACUGCUUGUAGAAAACAGUGGAGAAGUAUUUGGUGACAAAUGGUUACAAAGUGUUUGGAAGUAUUUGAAUACUCACUGUCAGAACACUCUUCAACCUGUUGCUGAUUUGCACCUCGUGAAAACAAAGGAUUGCAAUAUUCUGAGAAAAUUGUCAGAGUGCUUUAUUAGCUAUGAGGGCAUUGAUUCUUCCAUGAAAAAUAUUCUUGAAUAUUUUAACAUCUGGACAGUUGACUCUGAUUUCCAUGGACACCAUUUGAUGCAACCAGGAAAGGGCAUUGUAUUUCAAACAUCGGAUUAUGAGAAGGAAAAACUUCUUUUGCAGUGCAUCGAAAAAGGAAUUGACUCAUUCAAUUCUCUUUGUCCAGAAAAAGAGAAGGAAUUAUUUAAAGAGUUUCUACCCAAUACCACUUCUUCCUGUCUGAUCAGUGCAUUUCGAAAGUUGAAAAUGUUCAAAUGUUUCUCAAGAGUUAACAAAAUGGAGGGAUACGUCUCUGUAAAGGAAUGCAAUCUUGUCUAUAUUGGUAACAGGGAUUUUCCAAUCUCGUUUCCCCAAAAUAUGAUAAUUGCUUCAUCAAAAAAAGAAACGAGGUUGCUGAAGGAUCUUGGGUUGAAUUCAAUUACCCUUACUGAUGUUGUGGAGAUGUGCAUAAAAAAGAUAAAGCAAGACAGUCGUUUCUUAUAUGAGAGAGAAGAAAGAAGAAGAUUUUGCUUUUAUAUUUUAUCCAUGCAUUCUUCUUUAACAAAUUGGUCUAGUAUUCAAGCUAGUAUAGUUGAUAUCAAAUUUAUAGAAAAUGAAAAGGAGGAGACUUGCUCUGCCAAUGAACUUUACGAUCCAAAAGAUGAACUUCUGAGAAACCUUUUUUGUGGAGAAUCUAAAUUCCCUGCUGAAAAACGAGAAAAGAAGACUUUGCUAACUCUAACACACUUGCAAUUUCUAGGAAGAAACAGUGUAACUCUGAAGACAGAUGUUGUUGCCACAUGUCGGCUUCUUCAUAGUAAUUCAUUAAACAUCAGUCAAAGCUCAAAAAAGUCAAAAGCAUUGAUUCAAAUCUUCACGAUGCGUCCAGAUUUAUUCAACUCAGUUUACAACUCUAUCAAAGACUACAAGAUCAUGCACUAUCAAACGAAGAGACCAGAAAACUAUCCAACAUCGCUUGAAUGGUAUUCCAGCAAAAUGGACCUGGUUUCAAUAAAUGAGACUUAUUCUGAGGAAUUUAGACACAUUAUUGGUUCAGUCUCUCCAACAAUGUUGACAGAUUGGGAAAGUCUUUUAAUGUCCAAAGUCGGAUCAUCGGAAGUCAGAUCACCCUCGCCACAAGAAGUUAUACAGCAGUUUAGAAAAAUAACUGAAUGCUACUGUGAGGAAGAGCACGACGAUUACUACUAUCUGAUGAAAAAGUUGUAUCAGCAUGUAUCAAAACAACCUGAAAUUGCCUUUCAAAAAACCAUUUUGCCCGACAAGUGUAUUCUCACGGAACAAGGUUUCAUGAGACCAGAAAAUACUUAUAUUGAAACAUCCAAACAGGAUCUGAAUUUAACUCCGUACUUUGUUCCCUUGCAAAAAGAGUAUAAGACAAUGAAAGCGUUUUUUGAACGACUUGGCUGUAAAACAAAACAAACUUCUAGAUUGUUGGUUGAAGUCUUAUACAAAAUCAAGGACAGGCAUUCAUUAGAUACGCCAGUGACGGAUUAUGAUCAUGAUUUGAACAUUGUUCAGCAGGUGCUUAAAACAUUGACAGACAGGUUUACUAGUGAGUUGUCCAAAAUCAAAGAUGAAAUAAUUGUACCUAUUCACAAGGAUGGGAACAGAUUAAUUUUCCGACGAUCAGAAGAAUGUGUUUUUUCUGACAGAGAUUGGUUUAGUAGAAAAUUCACAGAUGACGACAACAUUAUUCUGGUGCACUCUAAAAUUGACAAAGAGGUUGCAAAGGUAGUCGGAGUGAGAUCAUUAAAGGAAUUCACAUUGUCUGAUGCGGAGGAUAUUCUUUCAGAGUUUGGACAAUCGGAACCUCUUACAUAUCGAAUAAAUUGUCUUUUAAAGGAAGGAUAUACUGACGGAUUAUCUGUUCCAAAGGAACUCAUUCAAAAUGCUGAUGAUGCUGGAGCAUCUGAAGUCUGCUUUCUUUAUGACGAAAGAGAAAACGUAGAUGCUAGAAGUUGUCUUUUAGAUCCAGGCAUGCAGAGUUGCCAAGGGCCAGCAUUGUGGGUUUUCAAUGAUGCAGAAUUUACAUCUGAAGAUUUUGAAAACAUCCAAAAACUGAGUGGUGCCACCAAAAAAGACAAACCUACAAAAAUAGGAAAAUUUGGGUUAGGUUUCAAUGCUGUUUACAAUCUUACGGAUGUUCCAAGUUUUGUGAGUGGAAAUCAUCUGGUAUAUUUGGAUCCUCACAGCAAGUAUUUGGGAAAUGCAAUUAUGAACAAAAAUAGCCCAGGAAUUAAGUUGAAUCUUCACAAUAAGUUAAUGCUUCAAAAACUGGAAAACCAGUUUAAACCAUUCCAAAACGUGUUCCACUUUACGUCCAGAGAGUUCCUAAGAGGAGAAAGGUUUAAUGGUACAUUAUUCAGAUUCCCUUUACGAACAAAAGAGCAGGCAGCAACAAGUGAAAUUCUUGGAAAAGCUUAUUCCAAGUUAGAAAUGGAAGAUUUAUUGAAAAUGUUCUGUAGAACAUGUGGAAACCUGCUCCUGUUCACACAGAAUGUUCAAUGCAUUAAAUUAUUUCACUUGGAUAGACAAUGUUCAAAUCCAGAUAAAGAGAUGGAACUAGUUCUUAGUGUUCAGAAAAACGAAAAAUGGAAUUAUGAUUCUGAACAAAGUAUCUUAUCUUAUGCAUCCAAAUUCUGCAAUCAGGCGGAGAACUGGACUGCAGUGUGCAAAUCACAAAUUAUUAUGAAAGGAAUUUGUCAUCCAUGGCUUGAAACAGGUGAGCCUACUAACCAGGUUGUUCCCUGGAUCAUAGCUUGGUCAACAGGGGUUUCAAAUACAUUGGAAGUCAUAAAAACCAAGAAUCAUGGUGCAUUGCCAGUUUCAUGUGUCGCUGUACCUGUGGACUCUGUUGACAAGAGCAUUACACCAUUGUUAUUCAAUGACUGUACUGACCACUUUGAAAACUUUGGAUUCUACGACGUAGGACAUUUAUUUUGCUUUCUCCCACUACCAAUACAAACGAAAUUUAACUUCCAUGUGAACGGAAUGUUUGCUGUAUCUUCCGAUCGGCAGAGAUUAUUGAUGCAUACGGAAGACGAUAAACACACCUCCGAUGAAUCUCUAUGGAACACAAGCCUUAUUUCCGAUGCAACUGUAGAGUCUCUCAUACAGUUAUUAUUGGAAUUUAAAAACAUGUCCUCAGAAAAAUAUAGGUUUACAAUACUGUGGCCUGUUGAAAUCAGUGACGACAUAUGGAAAGAAUUUCAAAAGCAAUUUUUCAAAGCUUUAGUUGAACGCCCACUGCCAUUGUUUAAAACCCACUGCGGGUGGAAAUCAUUUCAGGAAUGCUUGUUUUUACACCCGGAAAUAUAUGUAAAUGAGAAGCUAAAAAGCGUCGCAUUCAGAAUUUUAAGAAAUUGUCCCUUGGAUGGAAAGGUGAUAACAGAUCUACCUUGCAAUGUAUUUAAUACGUUUCAGAAUUGCAUUGGAAAAGAUUUUGAAAAGCACAUACUGACAUAUGAAAACUUUUUCAUCAAAUCUUUUCUGCCAUCUUUAUCAAGUUUUCAAAGACAAGAGUAUGAUGUAUUCGUUCUCGAAGCCAUAAAGAGCAAAAAUGAAAAUAUUCUUUCUGCAAUUAAUAGCAGCGAAUGCAUUAGGACGCGUGAUACUGAAAUUCUAAAAGUACCAGAAGAUCUUGUGCAUCCUGAAUCCCCAUUGAAAGAGAUAUUUGUUCCUGACAGUGAAUACUUUCCAAAUGAAACCUUCUGUAGCGGCGAAGUACUAGAUAUUUUAGUAACACUCGGAAUGAUGAAAGAGAGAAUUCCAUGGGACCGUUUACUACUUCAAACAAAGGCCAUCACCCACAUUGCAAGUUGUUGUUCUUCAUGUGCUGUCAUUCGGUCUCAUGAAAUUAUGAAAUAUAUACACACCGUUUUCAGUGAAAUCCCAAUGGAAGUAAAACAAGAAUUAUCCCACGUCCCUUUCUUGCCUGUCAAAAUCAAACCAAAAAACUGGCCAUUGAAAUGGUACAUCGAGGACAUGGAAAACCCCAAUAUUUUAAAGAAAUGCGCAGUUCACGGAAAGAGUGGUUGCGGUGAGAGCACGAAGAUUGGAUUCUUCGAAAAACCAUCAAAUUUAUAUUUUGAUUCAACUGAGAACUUAGUGGCUUGUACAGAGACCAUCCUCGAUCGUUAUUAUGAGGACGAGUCAUAUAAUUUUGUUUUGACAUCGCUUGGUGUAAAAUGUAAGAAGAAUGUUAAGCAAGAAACAUUAAAGCUUCAACUUCAGGCAGUGGUGGCAAAUCCGGAAAAUGCUCAAAAUAUUGCUGUUGAAAAGAUAUGUUAUGAUAUCUAUGGUGCCAUGGAAGAAUACCUAAUGGAGACAGAUUGGCAAGAAUUUGUUAAGAAAGAACUCUCUGAUAUACCCUGCAUCCUCAUUAACGGAAGUUUUAUUUGUGCAAAACAAGUAGUGUUGCAAUUAGAACACGAUUGCAGUCCUUAUUUAUAUGGAUUGCAGUCAACUUCUUUAAACCGAUAUUCAAAAUUCAUGGAAACUAUUGGUGUGCGAAAGAAGUUUGCUGCAAAGGAUAUAACUGGUACCAUACUGUGCAUCAAGGACAAUUAUAACGAACAACAAUUGUCAGAGACAGAAUUGAGUUUAGUUUGCAGAAUAGUGAAUCUUCUAGAGCAAUACGAAGAACUUCCUGCUCUUGACCUAUAUCUUCCUGAUUCAAAAGGAUAUUUUGAGCCAUUGUCAUCUCUGUGUAUUGACGAUUGUGACUGGAUACCUACGAGUGAUUCCAUGAUGUUUUUAAACGAAAAAGUAACACCAAAGGUUGCAAAGCUUCUUGGUGUCAAAUCAAAACGGACACAAAAUAUCAUGGAUGAUUCUGAAGAAUUCGGAGAUGAAUUCGGACAGUAUCAAGAACUAACAUCUAGAAUAAGAUGUAUCCUUGAUGGGUAUCCGGAAUGUAGUAUAUUGAAAGAGUUACUCCAAAAUGCGGAUGAUGCCGGUGCAACUGAAUUGCAUUUUGUCAUUGAUUAUAGAAGUCAUGGGACAGAACAUGUUUUUAGUGAGGAGUGGAAAGAAUUACAAGGUCCAGCGCUGUGUGUGUAUAAUAACAGUGCAUUUUCAGACGUUGAGUUAAAAGGAAUUCAGGAUUUGGGAACUGGAAGCAAGAAAAAUGAUGCCACUUCAUUGGGACAAUAUGGUGUUGGGUUCAAUGCUGUCUAUAAUAUCACAGAUGCCCCUUCAUUUUACUCACGUGAUGUAAACCAGUCAAUGGAGACGUUGUGCAUUCUUGAUCCACAAUGCAAAUACAUUCCAUGGGCGUCAGAAAAGAAACCUGGGAGAAUAUUUAGAGAUGCUUCGAAAGUUCAAGAAAAAUACAAAGACAUCAUACCAUGUUACCUCCAAGAUACUGAAUUAUGGAAAGGAUCGCAAGGAACGUUAUUUCGCUUUCCUUUACGAACGGAAGAGUCCAAAUUGUCAUCAAGACGUUUUUCAUGCGAUGAUAUAGAGAAAUUGCUUAUGAAGUUCACAAGGGAGGUCCCCGAAUGUCUUCUUUUCUUACAAAAUACAAAAACUGUUAUAUUUUCAAAAAUAACAGCUGAUGGGGCCUUUAAACAAGACUAUUGUGUUAGAGGCAAACAUAGUACAACUGAUUGUUGUGAACUAUUUUCAUCAAUUGUUGAAGCCGUGCAGCAAAUGAAAAAAAAUCCAAUAUAUGCAUGCACUAUGCAAAGAAAGGAAGUAAAAACUAAAUUGACGCUAGAUAUCAAUGGCAAGGAAAAUCAGGAAUGGUUAAUAGUUAAAGGAUUUGGAUUUUUGGACCAAUUAAAUAUUUCAGAAGUGAAAGAUGCUUAUGAGAAGAAGAAAUUGGCAUUGCUUCCAAUUGCGGGUGUUGCCAUAUUUCUUAAUAGAUCACAAGUCAAUGAGAAAAAUAAAAUAAAACUUUCACCUUUCAAAACUUACUGUGGUCUACCGCUACCAGAUGAAUCAGGCUUACCCGUACAUGUCAAUGGGCAAUUUGCAUUGGACAAUGAGACUCGCAAACACAUUGAAUGGACAGAGUCGCAUGAAUUGAAGUUUCAAUGGAACAGAUGUCUGAUUGAAAAUGUAAUCGCUCCGACCUAUGCAUGUGCAAUUCAGCAUUUUAGAGAUGAAUUGUUUCCUACUAAUAAGAGAAAUUGCUCCAGGGAGAUGUUAGAAAAAUUUCACAACAUUUUCCCUGUUUUACGGACUAUAUCGAGAAAAGAAAGCUGCUAUGUCGCAAAAAUGUUGUAUAAAUGCCUCUACUCGCAAAGGUACCCAGUAUUUCCAAUUGUAAGAAGUUUAUCAAAUGAGGCAAAAAAGAAUGAAAGCAUAUUGGUAAACGCCAAGUCCACAGCAAAUGCAGUUACUAAGGAUUCAUUCGAAGUAUCCUGGACAGCAUUACCGAGAGAUUAUAUGUCAUUAUCACAGCCAUUAUUUUACAGUUCAAAUGAAGACCAUAUUGUAGAAGUAUUGAGAGAUUUAGGAAUGACUCUGAUAAACUUUCCUUGGGAGAUUUUAAAAAGCAUGAUAGACGCGGACUUAGAAGUCGGGAUUCUUUCACCAAAUGAUGUCGUCUCAUUUCUUAAAACUUAUAGAAUGAGAGGAAAUGAUGGAUGUGCCCUUUCUCAAAUCAAUGUUCCAGUGUCUUGUACACAAUUAAAAAGUGAGGAGAGAGUACUCAAGUUGUUAGAAUACUGUGAAGGCAGGUGGUUGACAAUACGCCCAGAUUUUUUGACAAUACGCCCAGAUUUUGAAAACUGCCCACUUCUUCUUUCUGCAGAUGGAUAUAUAAGAAGAUUUUCAAAAUGCAAAAGAUUAUACAUGGUUCACUUUCCAUCUCUUUUCCCGAAAUCAGCUGAAGAAAUUGUCCAUCCAAAACUGUUCUCUUUCUUUUCAGAAUCUAGGCAAUUUGUAGAUUUUGUUGAAAAUCUAACAAUAGAAGACAUUUACAGACAAGUUCAUGCCAAUAUUACAUACAACUUUUGUGUUGGCAAAACCAUACCAUGGCCAAGCAGCGUGCCUGAGUUACCAGACAAAGAAUGGAUAUCUUGUUUUUGGUUACAAAUUUUCAAACUUUUUAAACAUCGAUAUGAGAGGGCUGAUGAGGAGCUACAAACAAAACUGCAACACCUUUUAAAGCAGGGAAAAAAUACAAAGAAAAAGGAAAUCAUUCUAUGUCAAACGUCUCUUACAAAUCUUGAAAAAAAUAUACUGGAAUCAUUUUGCGCAGAGCUGUUAAAUCAAAUGGGAAAUUUCAGUUGUAUACCAGUUUGCAUAAAAGAAAGAAAGACGUGUAAACACUUUCUUUUUCCAUUGAAAAAAUGCAAUGCAGUUUUAUUUGUUAAAGAAACUCGAAGACAGGAAGAUGAAAUCCUAACAUCAAUGAAAGUUCCUGUAAUCCAUUCUGAAUGUUCGCCAAUACAACUGUAUGCCGUUUCAGAUAUAUUAAGGACUUUAAUGGCAACAGUGGACGAAAGUGUUUCAAUACUAAACUGUAUUUACACCAACAAGAAUGAGUUGCAAGUGGACUAUUCUGUAUGCCACAAUUUGUUGAAUUAUUUUCAAACCCAUGCCAAAGAUUUGUUGGAUGAGAGAGAGAACAAAGAUAAAUUGCUUUGCCUUCCAAUAUUUCAAUCAAUUUCAAAGAAAGUCGUGGCUGUAAAUGAUAAAACAGCAAUAAUUGUGCCAGAGGAAAUUCCCGAAGAAGGAUUAAGUCAUUGGUGUAAGAGAGAAGGGAUUGAAUUUAUUUUAGAAAACAGACAUUUGCAAAGUCUUUUCAAUGCCUUGAGAUUCCCUGCAGUAGACAAGCAUGGUGUAUAUAUUAAACAUAUACUUCCGAACUUCGAAAGCUUACCUCAUGAUGCUGUUAUCCAACACAUGAUAUUCAUUAGGGACACUAUUUUGCCUCCUCUUUUGAAUAAUAAAGAUAUGAAAUGUAAUCUGGAUAAAGUAAAACGUUUGUUGCAUGAAAUAGCGUUCUUACAAAUAGCAGAUGGAACACUUGUAAGACCAUGUCAGCUUUACAACCGUCAUUCAGAAUUAUUCAUGCUGAAAAACCGGCUCUGCUCGGAAUCAGAGUUGCCUCCUGAACCUUAUCACACAAAAGAGUGGGAAAGCUUUCUCAUAUUUUGUGGUAUGAAAAAUGACUUCACAGAAGAAGUUUUCUGUGAUUUUGCCAGUAGAUUACAGGCAUUAGGAGACGCACAUGGUAUAACCAAAAUAGUUAAGGAAAAUUCACGUCGACUGAUUGGAAUUCUCAAGGAAACCCCAGACCUUUUGAAAAAUAAUCGAUUUGUCAACAAAAUGAAAAACAUUCGAUUUCUUUGUCCUCAACAUCCAGAACCAUUAUGCAAAAUGUUACUUCCUGAAGCUAAAAGCAAUGAAACACUUGUUGCAUAUAAUAACUCUGCCUAUUCACAUAGUCUUCAUUUGGUGUGGUCCAAAAUGAAUGUUAUAUCUGAAAAUACAAAUCCCUUCUGCAGCCAGGAAACGUCUGAUCCUUCAAAACUACUCGGCAUUUCUGAUCCUCCUCCAUUGCAAACUGUUGUCGCUCAUAUUACGUCAUUAUGCAAUAAUAUUCAGUCGGAUUUUAGUGAAAAGAUAUGCAGAGAAAGUGGUGUAGAAGAAAACUUUGCAAAGAUAAUGGAAGACAUUUACAGAUAUUUGGAGAAAUAUGGAACAACGUGGUCUGAAAAAAUAUUACAUCAAGUGCCAUUCAUUUUCUUGAGAGAACGUAAAAUUCUUGUCACAGCAGAUCGUGUAGUAUUGCGUUUAAGGGAAGAAGAUGAAAUUAUUCCAUAUCUAUGCAAACCGUCAGCACAUUUUGGACAGUUUCAUACAUUAUUGGAAAAACAUGGAUCCCAUACCAAGGUUAAAAGCAGCCAUUGUGCAAGCGUUUUAAAAGGAAUAUACCAAAAAUCAAAGGGAGAUAUUUUAGAGCCUAGUGAUAUUGAACGUGUUCAGAGAGCUAUCAGAUUGUUAUUUCAAACUAUCGAAAUCAUGAACGAUAUAGAUUUCACUGUCACAAAUUUGUUCCUACUUACAAGAAAAAAUAAAUUAGAAGACAGUAGAAAUAUGAUUUUUGUGGAUAAUGUACAUCUUGAAAAGAGAAUUAGUGAAAAUAAGCUGAAAUCUGAAUAUUUUGUUGGAUUUAAGAAUCUUAAAAUGAAUGUCAUGGAUCAGAUGACAGAAAUCAAGUUUCUUCCGGAAAGGUGUAGGCCUCUAUUACUUUCUGAUCUUAUCAAAGAAGAUUUAACAGUCGAAAGUAGACACACAGUAUUGAAUUCUGACUCGGCUCAACACUUGCAAAGUUUUCUUCAUAGUGUAGAGUUCUUUCUUGGAAUAUGUCGUUUAAUUCUUCAUGAAUGUGCGGAAAACGAAACUGCGUUCUCCCGGGACGAACAGAUUGAUGUGCAAACUAAGCUCCAGGCAAUUCAUGUAGUACAGUUAGAAGAUCUCAAAACUGUUCUCAAGUAUAACGAUUCGGAAUUACCAAAAACUGAAGAGGAUACAUCAAUAUUCACCAAAAUGGUCAGUGGAGAUGAUUUCUCACUCUGUCUCUACUUUAAAAUGGGGAGGGAAAUGGACAUGAAUUUGUGGAUAGCGGAAAAUUCAGUACCGUUAUCAAAAACUUUAAAUUGCUACCUCAGCAAAGGCUUGGGAAAUCAAACAAUUUGUCUUCCCAGCAUUCUAGGAUGUAUAUGUAAUGCACAUUUGAUCUCAUCUGUUCUAGAUAGACUGAAGAUCGUUCAGAUUGAUAUGAAACUACCUGCAGUUUCACCGUUUAUGCCAGAAAUAGGAGCAGAAAUCCCUGUAUCAUGUCAUUACUUGGUCAACAAUUCGUGUACAGUGAUCGCUAAAAAUGAAUAUAUUGCGUAUGAAUUGUUUGAUCCAAUUGUUGAUGAGGAUGACCCUGGCGUUUGUAAUUUAACACCUGUGUACAUAUUUGCCAAAGUAGUAGAAACAUUAAGCCAGUCAACAUCUCAGAUUCCAGAUGCAAGUAAUUGGCAAAUGAGAUAUAAAGUAAAUGUUGGAGGUCAGGUAAUUGUGUCAGAUGCAUCAAGGGUUUAUAGCUUUCUGGAGAAUGAUAGGAGAAACGCAGAGACAUGUGAUAAUGAUGUGGAUGAUACAACAGCAUUGCAUGAAGAUGAUGACCAAGUGAGAAUUCACAUAAGAGAUGUAAUGAAAAAUGCAAUCAAAAAAUCUAAACCAGAAUUCAGAAGAAGUUUUAAAAGGCUUUAUCUUCAGUACCAUCCAGAUGAGCACAUACAUAACAAGGGUUAUUUUCACCGAUUAAUUCAAUUUAUCUGUUUCGUUCACAUGAAGCUUGAAAGAAAAGAACCGGUAGAAAAUGCUGAUAUUCUCACUACUUUCGAAAGAGAUGAAGAGCAGUACAUGAUUCCAGUCCUUGAACGUAUUUGCAGUGUUCGAUUAAAUGAAUACAGAAAGAACCGACAAGAAUGCCAUGAAAAAUGCAACAGUUCAUUUUUUGAAAAUUUUUGUUUAAGAGGUCCCCAACCUGGACAAUCUAGGCGAUGGUUUAGACAAGCAGAAACAGAUUUCAAGGCCGCCUCCACUGAUGAAUAUGAACCAAACGCUUAUAACUGGGCUUGUUAUAAGUGUCAUCAGGCAGUCGAAAAGGCUUUAAAGGCUCUACAAUACCAAUUAGAUGCUGACAAAGUUUCUUUGAACAUGCACAGUCUUUCUACCAUGGCUUCCACUCUCGCUGACGUCAAAUUAUCUGGCCUUGUGGGUCAGUUGGAAGGCAUAACAGGGGACUACUUUUGCAUGCGAUAUCCAGAUGCUGUGCAUGAAGGACACAUAUCUUCUGAUCUUUACACAGAGGACCAAGCAAAAAGAGCCAUCGAACGUACCAGGGAAAUCUUGCAGAUUGUGAGGGAGAGGUUACGUAGUUCCUGAAAUAUUAGAAUCUUGCUGCAUCAUCCUCCUGACCGUGAAGACCAUGGACGUUGUUGCAGCGAAGCGUGACGAAAAUGUUAUAAUGUGCAGGUUAACAUGAUGGACAUCAAACAUUUGUUAUAGUCGUGAAGGAUUGUAACGUCCUUUUAGAGAAUUAAACAAGAUUGUUUGUGACCUUUUCUAAGGUUGCAACGGUAUGUAUUUUCUCUUCAGUAUUCCAUGUACAUGUGGGUUUUUUCCUUUCAUUGUAAUCAAUACUAUCCAAGUUUGUUUAUCACAUGUGUGUGUCAUAAAACUAACUAGAUGAAUGCAUGAUAUGUUUAGUGUAUCGCUGAUAUACAUGUAUACUGGAUGUGACAACACUUACGACUACGAGUUUUAUAAGGUUUGAUUAUACACUAGCCUUUUUAUUGUAAAUAAAUAGAUUUUAUGGAAUGUAUGUAGAAAAGUACAAUGUAUAUAGUCUGUAUAAUUACGUGUCAUCUAUUGUAACAUUUGUCAUAACUGUAUUGGGAGUCUUUGUGCAACUCUGUGGAGUAUAUGAAUGUAUACAUGUAUGCUUGUAGAUGUAUUUUAUUCACAGCUAUUGUAAAUCAAAAUAUACCAAUCCUUGAUAUCAUUUCAUAAAAUCAAUGCCGUGCUGUAUUUAUAUACAGGUACCGAGCAUUACGAAUGGGCGUUACUUUUUUACAGAAGCAAAGGGGUCCUAAUCAGAUUCAAUAAUUUUGCUAGCACGAGAUCAUUACCAUCUUGCAUUCACGUACUCGUUUACAUUGCUGUAUACCGGCUAUACUGAUGUCAUCACAUAACAAUUUCUUUGAUGAUUUUAUAGAAUAUAUGUAGAAAUGUAUAUAAUCUGUACAAAUAUGCGUCAUUUAUUGCAUUAGCCUUGACCUUUUUGCUGUAAAUAAAUAGAUAUUAUGGAAUAUAUGUAGAAAUGAAUAUAAUCUGUACAAUUACGCGUCAUUUAUUGCAGCAUAUAUAUAUAUAUAUAUAUAUAUAUAUAUAGCCUUAACGUUUUGUUGUAAAUAGAUAAGUUUUAUGGAAUAUAUGUAGAAAUGUUAAUAAUAUGUACAAUUGCGCGUCAUUUAUUGUAGCAUAUAUAUAUAUAUAUAUAUAUAUAUAUAUAGGAAAUACAUGUAGCUCUGCAGGUCGUGAGUUCAACCCCGGGAAGGGGUGAAAGUGAGUAUCAAUAGAUAGUGAAUUUCUCUGUGUAUUAUAUGUAUGAUUCGUCUGUGUGUAUGCAUGUUACCAAUGUCGCCUAUCGAAUUAAUAUCCCUUGUAUGUCCUCCAUUUUCUGUGUGGAUGGCGUGAAUGCGUGUAUCUUUUAUAAAAAUGGUAAGAAAUUGUUAUUCGUUGUUUUACAACUUAAAUAAAGCUAAUAUUUUGCAACAAGUAUUCUUUGGUCGGCAUAAUCUAGUGACCGUGCAGAUCGUUAGAAUUUGCCGAUCAAAGAAUACUGGAAUCAAGAAUAACAAGUGUUAGCAGAAAUAUUUUAAAUACACUGUACAUAUUGCAGAAUUAAAUUAAUGUUAUUUUUUGCAAAAGUUGACAUAAUCACAGUGAAUUUUAUCGUUCAACUGUUGCGCAUAUACAAACUUUUAAUGUACUUAUAAUAGCAAUACCACAAUAUUCUUGAAUGUAAAUUUCCCAUGAACAUUAAUGAAUAUUGAUUUAUCGUGCAUGUACAUGUACAGUGUAUAUUGCUAGGUACGAUUGAUGAUGUUCUAUGGAAUAGAGUGUAAUUUAGUGGUAAUUACAUGCCGUAUGUGAAUAUUGAAAUAUUUCAAUAUGUUUAGAUUUGAUGUAUUUUAAUGUGUACACUAUUAUUGUAAACUUGUACUAAUUAUGAUACUGUAGAGUUUAUAAUGAAGUUGUUAUUUUCUCAAUUGGGAAAAUAGAACUUCUGUAUUUAUACUUGUGACAUGUAUGCUAUGUUUAUACAUGUAAUGAAAUUAGAAAUCUUAAAUGUAAAUGAUGGUAUGAAAUUAAAAUAGUUUGAAAAUAAAA